UAUAGCUCAGAGGCAAUCAAGCUCACCAAGACAAUACUGGCCAGGCGACAAGAAUUUGCAGACCUCGACUCAGGUAAUAUUGAACCAGCGAAUCAUCACCAUGAAAAUGGUCUUCAUCAGUUUCGAGCCACUUGGGGAUGUGACACCGUCUGUGUUAAUUCUUGGCACUAUCGCCGCCGUGGUCUGGUACACUUUUGCUCCAAAGAACAAUAUUUACGAUGCAUUCCCCAGGAUUUUCGAUAAUCGUGUACGAGCCCUUAUUUGGCCGUCACAUGUACAAGAUCUUGUAUGGGAGGGGUAUCAGAAAAUAACCAAGCCAACGGGAAAGCCGUUCACCGUACGCUGGUGGGCUAAGGACUUCCUAAUUCUGCCUCCAAAGUACCUUUCAUCCCUCCGUGAUGCUGAGUGGGGCCACUUGAGCUUCUUCAGGACGAUUAGCGAUGCAUUCUUUCUACAUACCAGUGUAGGGGAUCUUUAUGAUAGCGACUCGACCGUGCAGGUAGUUACCAAGGGGCUCAAUCCCCGGAUGCCACAACUCACACCCAUCGUGGAAGAGGAAAUUGAAUAUGCGCUCAAUGCAGAGUUGAACGGAAAGCCAGUGAGCCACAAUGCGCAACAGUUUUUCACUGCCAUCGUCCAUCGGUCUGCCUCGCGCAUCAUGAUUGGCGAGGAAUUGUGUCGUAACGAAACUUUCAUCAAAACCUCUACAGAAUUUGUCAUGUCCAUCUUUUUCACUGGUCUCAUCAUCGUUAAGCUGCCCCUUGGUCCCCUGCGCGAUUGGCUUGCAUACCCGCUCGCUGCUUGGCACCGACGAAAGCUAAGGCAAUGCACUCGCAUGCUACGGCCGGUCUUGCAGAGACGCAUAGAGGAGCGGCAAAAGUCUGGAGGUUCCCAGAACAGACUCGACGCCAUUGAAUGGUCCCUGAUGCUGGUUCCAUCGGGAGGCGAGAUCGAUGUUCCGCGUCUCCUUGAUGAGCUCAUGCAUAACCUGUGGGCUGGUACAUCCGCUCCGGGCGGAUUGGUGACUGAUAUCAUCUUCCAGCUGCUUCUAGAGCCUAAAUACAAGGAGAUGCUAGUCCAGGAGGCAUCGAAAGCACGAGGAGAGACUGGUCACUGGACGGAAAAGGCUUUGGGCCGAUUGCCGCUUCUAGACAGUUUUAUUCGUGAGAUCAACAGGCUAUAUCCUACCGGCUCCAUUACAUCUUCUCGCACCGUUUGUGGAAGGCCAUUCGUCUUCCCAGAUGGCCUGACCCUGCCGGUAGGGACCCGUUUUGGUUUUCCCACGAUGGCAAUGCAAAACGAUGCUGAGAUUAAUUUUGAUGGCUUUCGAUUUGCAAAGGCACAAGAGACAUCCGAAAAUGAAGAAAGCACGAGCGCAUCAAGGGGAGCAACGGCAAUGCACCCGACAAACCUCGCGUGGGGAUACGGAACUCACGUUUGCCCUGGCAGAUUCUUUGCAGUGCGCAUGGUCAAAAUGGUGGUGGCCACUCUGCUCCUGGACUAUGACAUUGAAUGGGAUGGUCAUGUCACUCAUCGACCAAGUCCAACUUUGAUCGAAGGACAGAAUAUACCAAAUUUGUCCCAGAGAGUCAAAGUUACCAAACGAACAGAACGGUGAAUAUUUUAGGUGGAGAUCAAAGGAUAGUUGGAAAUUAAGUAGAAAUGAGCGCACCUUUAGUCUGAGACAUUAACUAUGC